AGUAACAUAAACAUAUCAACCACAUGAAGGUCAUUCUCUUCGUCCUCUUUAUAGAUACUGGAGCAGCAACUGGUGCUGCAGCUGCUCCAGCGCCCGUUCCUCAAAUCAAUUGUUUGAGCUGGCGUAUAGCAGUUGAAACCAACAACAUCCGUAACUGGAAAACAGUGCCCGCUCAAUGCAAACGCUACGUGAGCGAGUACAUGACUAGCCAGCAAUACCGCGACGACUGUAACGUUGUGGUCAUUAGGGUGUGCAUUCGAAUCGGGUCAAAAUCGAAUCGAUCAAUCGAAUGCAUACCCCUAGUGGUCAUCGUUGCUAUCGACUACGCGAAGUCCCUUAACGUUUCCAAAGAAGGAAAGGACCUUUGGGUCUUUAAUAUUGAUGAAACCACCCUCUCUAAUGUUCCUUAUUAUUCUCGUCCUGAAGUCGGCUAUGGGGCAACAAAAUCCAACGUUGGGAAGAAGUUUGAGUCGUGGAUUAAAGAAGGAAAAUCACCAGCAGUGCCAGGUGCUCUGUUACUGUAUAAAACAUUGUUGGAGUUGGGUAUUAAACCAAUCUUUAUUACGGACACAAAGGAAGAAUUCAGACAAGUGAGAAUUGCAAACCUAAAGAAAGCUGGCUACCAUUCUUGGUUUAAGUUCAUUUGCAAGGGAAAAAAUGAUUCAGAAUUAUAUACAGAACAUAGAGGUAACUGGAAAACUCAGAAAAGGGCUGAAUUGGUGAAAGCUGGAUACAGACUUGUUGGCAACUAA